AUGUCUUCAACAUCAGCGACUCUAAGCGUUGACUCUGGGGAGGGCCCCGACUCUCGAAGCCUUCGAAGUCAACCAGGCACUUCGCAAGACCGCAAUGGGCCACUUCGCUCGGGGUCGAACUUCGAACCUGUCAACCUCUCACGUCUCACCAAAGCGGGAUCCGCCAUCAAUCAGAUCAAGCGACUUUCCCGUCGAUCCCGACGUCCACCCAUUGACCCAUCGUGUGAACCGGGUUCAAUGGAACUCCAAGAGAAUCCUCAACCUAGAGGCAGUCCAGCUCAAUGCCAAGUAGAUGAGAUCCUGAAACUGGUGUUUUCUGGAGCGGACAAGGCGAAAAAAUAUCCCGAGUUUGACGCCAUUGGAUUUUACGCCAAAACCGGGGACGACCUCGAGUGCCUAUGGCGUUCGGAGACAGAGCGAUUGAUGGACAUUGCGCAAUAUCCGAACACGCCAAUUGAAUUCUCGAGGCAAGAAAACUUCCAAGGAGACACGGAAAAGGGCUAUCGAGAUAUAUUCAGACAAUGUCAGAGGCUCUUAACAGCCAUUACGAUCUGCCUUCUUGACAACGAUUGUAUCAAUGCGGAGCACUGUGGUCAGUUUUCAAACCAACAGCGGCUUUCGGAUUUCAUCAAGCAAGUCUUCAAAGGCCAGGGCGUUGCAGAAAGCAUUGAAAGCACGGGGAGCGUCGAAGCUCAGCAACGCCUCGAGGCUACCGACGCUCUCAUAAACUUCAUCUCGGCAACACUUCUUUGGCAAAAAAACGUCCUCGGUGUCCUCAUCGAGCGAAUUACCAAGAUCAAGUUGCUGAUCAUUGAUCUCAACGUUAACUCCACAAUCGCCGUCAGGACAGCAGAGGCAGUUUUGUCCAACGUACGCGAGUCGGGAGGCAUGCGAUAUGCAGGCGGCGAUAUGAAUGAGGAGGAGUAG